GCGCGCGCACAGGAGCGAGCGCGCAACUCCAGCUCUGCCUUCAGUUCGGUUCAGUUCAGACGCUCAAACGCUCCCGACAUUUCUAAUCACAUUGAUUUCUAUUUAGAAAUUUAGAGCAGCCGAAAAAAGCUUAAGUAGCCAUGGAUGCCAUUAAGAAGAAGAUGCAGAUGCUCAAGCUCGACAAGGAGAACGCCUUGGAUAGAGCUGAGCAGGCUGAGGGAGAUAAAAAGGCAGCGGAAGACAGAAGCAAACAGUUAGAGGACGAACUAAUUCAGUUGGAAAAGAAGUUGCGCGUAAGCGAGGACGAGCGCGACAAAGUGUUUGAGGACUACCAAGGUGUAGAAGAAAAGCUUCUGACCGCCGAGGAGGUCGCCACCAAGCUUGAGGAUGACCUUGUAGCACUGCAGAAGAAACUGAAGGCAACUGAGGAUGAGCUGGACAAAUAUUCUGAGGCUCUUAAAGAUGCCCAGGAGAAACUGGAUCUGGCUGAGAAGAAAGCCGCAGAUGCUGAGGGUGAUGUAGCUUCCCUGAACAGACGUAUCCAGCUGGUUGAGGAGGAGUUAGAUCGUGCACAAGAGCGUCUGUCCACAGCCUUGCAGAAGCUGGAGGAGGCUGAGAAGUCUGCCGAUGAGAGUGAGAGAGGUAUGAAGGUAAUUGAGAACAGGGCUAUGAAAGAUGAGGAGAAGAUGGAACUGCAGGAGAUCCAGCUCAAGGAAGCCAAACACAUCGCUGAGGAGGCCGACCGCAAAUAUGAGGAGGUGGCCCGUAAGCUUGUGAUUGUUGAGGGUGAGCUGGAGCGUACAGAAGAGCGUGCCGAGAUGUCUGAGGGCAAAUGCGCUGAGCUUGAGGAAGAGUUGAAAACUGUGACCAACAACCUGAAGUCCUUGGAAGCCCAGGCCGAGAAGUACUCACAAAAGGAAGACAAAUACGAAGAGGAGAUCAAGGUUCUCACAGACAAACUGAAGGAGGCCGAGACCCGUGCUGAGUUCUCUGAGAGAUCAGUUGCCAAGCUCGAGAAGAGCAUUGAUGACCUUGAAGAAAAACUUUCACAUGCUAAAGAAGAGAACCUCGAUAUGAAUCAGAAGUUGGAACAGACUCUAUUGGAGUUGAAUAACAUGUGAAAAGCCUGGUCUCACAAUGAUGAUGUCUGCAUUUUGUAAUCAUUGAGUGUUUGUUUCCUCCUGACAAUUAUCAGAUUGAAUAACAUGUGCCAUUUGUUACAAAGCUUUAGUUUUUCCAUGUAUUAUUAUUUUUUUUUUUAGGGUAAUAUUAUGGUACGUGUUUAUUUUAUUCUGUUUGUGCACAAACAAAACAAAGUUAGCAACAAUUGCACUUAAUUAUCAAUAUAUGCACAUAACUGUUAUCGUGGACAUGGAGUUGGAAGCCAAGUUUAAAUAAAAUUGAAAGGUUUUCUGUUAAAGUGUGCAUUGGAUUAGGUUGUCCUAUGUAUACUGGUGCUACUGUGAAGGCAGAUGUCUAGCAGUGUGUAGCUUUUAGGUUUAUGAUUUAACCAUAUACACAUUUCCAGUUUAGAUUUAGAUAAAACAUUUUGUGCCAAUAUUUAGGCCUGGCUUUAAAGGGACUUAUUUACACUUUUUUUUUUUUACACAAUCUACCAAUUACAACAGGCAAUGUCAGGCAACGUUAUUUGCAAUUAUGCAUUAUUGGGUUUGGUUACACCAAAACCCACAUGGUUCAAAAUGUCUUCAUUUUGAAUUUUGAAAAAUAUGAAGUUAUAUUUGGUUGUGCUUUGUUCAUUUUAGUCAUUUUAAAUAUAGGUGUAUUAAAUGUAUGUCAUAUAUAAAAUGUACAAAGCUAAAAUAAAUAUAAAUUAAACUA